AUGACAGUAUGUGAUUUUGAAAUAGUGAAGCUGUGUGACUUUGGUAUUUCGGUGCCAUUGAAUGCAGACGACGUAUUAGAUACUGAUGCAGAAGUAGAAUAUAUUGGUACCUCUAACUGGGCAGCCCCUGAAGCAGUAUGUAGUGAUGGUCCAAAUCCUAUUACAAACAAAGCUGAUAUAUUUUCAUUUGGUCUGGUACUACGGGAAAUGAUAACACUCAGAACACCACAUUGUGAUGAGUCAUCAGUGGAAGAAGUUGAUACAUCUGAGGUGGCAGAGGAAGGUGCAUUUGAUGAUACAUCUUUCAUAUCUUCACCAGACACAUCUGUGUCUGCCAUGAUUGGUCUGAAAUGUGGGACUAGACCACCAUUACCAGACAGUCCACUGGGUGAAGAACAUAAACCAGUGAUAAUGCUCUUCAAUUCAUGCACUGAGGAAGAUUUCAAGAAAUGA